ACAACUUGUUGCCAUGGUGAUGAACAACACCUAAAACGACUGUUAAAAAGAUGAUUUAAACAAAUUUACAGCUCCAAUACAAGUUUUAACAGAAGAACUAAUGUUAGAAAUGUAGGAAAAGUAAUGUUUUAGGAAAUUAAAAGCUUCACAUUUCUGCUUUUAAACCCUCCAAAAUUGGCCCCCAUUCACUUCCAUUUUAAGUGUCUUACUGUAACACAGAUUUGUGCUUAAUUUUUUUGAAGAAAAGGAGAGACAAGUCAAAUUAUUUUUUUGUGGUAAUCAAUAUUAUGCCACAAAUGCUGUCGAUUGCACUUAACUUGUAUUGAACCCAGAAUAUUCCUUUAAAGUUUUAAAUGAUUUAUUUAUUUUUUUUAAUUUAUUUUUUUUAAUCAAUCUAGUCAUGAAUGUUGAAUCAUGAAAGCAAUUUAAAUGGCUAUUAAUUCUGCCUUCACGUGCUAUCUGAAUUAUCGUAAAUAUGAGUUUCCCACUUGGAAGUUGCACAUGAAUGACCCCUAAAGUCAUUCAGUGACUAUUAAUCUUGAUACCCGAGUUUCCGAGAUGGGAGGAGUCCUAAACUUUCAACAUGGUGGAGGAGAGUACAGUUUCUGUAGUGAAUGACAGGUUUUGUUCAUAAAUACAGCUAAUUGUUAGUGCUUGCUGUUUUGGGCAAAUUCGCUUAUGUAUAUCAGCAACCAUUCUACGCAUGUUUAUACUGUGAUAAUAGCUUGUAUUUGACCAAAAUUCCAUUAUCGUGAGAAAGCUUACUGAAUGAUAUGUAUUAUGGUGUCAAAAUAAAAGUUCCUCAAGAAAUAUGUAUGAAUGAACCUGGCAUCGUCCAUGUUUCCUUUUCUUUCCGACAACAAAGCACGUGAACACGACAUACUCGUAAUUACCACUUCAGAAGUGGGAAGCACAUGAAGGCAGCAUUAUUCCUAUCUUUUAUCUUCUGCUGCUUUCUUAGUAUAUCCAAUCCAACUCUUUAUUGCCUUUAUUUAUUGUCUGAAACAGCAUGUGUAUCUCUGUUUCUUAAGACUUUAACUUUUACUGUCUUUUUAAUAUGUGUUGUUACUUGUAAAUUCUCCCAAACAUAGGCCUACAUACACACAGAGAGAGGAUGAGAACACAAAAAUAUGGCAGACACAUCUACCAGUGAUGGCCCUGCCACAGGAACAGAUUUUGACAUGAUUAGUGCUCUUGACUGGAAGGACGGCAUAGCCACACUGCCUGGGAGUGAUAUUCGGUUUCGGAUGACCGAAUUUGGCACGCUGGAGAUUGUCACAGAGGCAGAACCUAAAGAUAAUGGGGCGGAGUCUACAAACCUACAACCUCAAACUGCAGUCACCAACAACAGUCAUUCCCCUGAACAAAACAAACCUUCAAAUCAGACUGCAAUGCCCCAAUCAACUACAGAUCAUCAGACAAAUACUGUGGUUUCCACUGACCCCCACAGGCAGGCAGAGGCAAACAACACUAGGAGCCCAAGCCCGGAGGAAAGCCCAAGCAUGAGCAUAGUGUCUAAUGCAGCAAUUGCUCCCAGCACUGAGGUGGCAAACUGCAGGUCUUGUGGUCGCACUGGUUCACAGGAAUCUUUUCUACAGGGUAAAUUUUGCAGCGCUCCUUGUGUGCAACCUACCAGUGGCAGGUCAACCCCAGCUGAGGCAGUUGAAGUAGAGCGUUUAGGGAAACGUGUGAGAAAGAAGAAGAAGAUGUUUAUGGAUUCUGGAGAUGAAGAGGAGGACAACAUAGAAGAGGAUGAGGAGAAGAUGAAAUCUUCAAAGGGCAGAAGAGCAGCUAAAAUUGCUAGACUAGUGACAGCACCUCCUGCUAAGAAGAAAACAUGGAGUUGGUCAGCUUAUCUGGAGGAUGAGAGAGCAAUUUCUGCUCCCUUAAAACUUUUCAAAGAGCACCAGUCGUUUCCUCAGAGCAGAAAUGGAUUUAAAGUUGGCAUGAAGCUGGAGGGAUUGGACCCUUGUCACCCUUCUCUCUUCUGUGUUUUGACUGUUGCAGAGGUGCAAGGUUAUAGGAUUCGGCUUCACUUUGAUGGUUACCCUGAGUGCUAUGACUUCUGGGUAAAUGCUGAUUCAUGGGAUGUGAAGCCGCCGGGCUGGUGUGAGAAAACUGGCCUUAAGCUAUUGCUGCCAAAAGGCUGCAGAGAUGGCGAGUUUAACUGGAACACGUAUGUAAAGAACUGUAGGGGUCAACUGGCCCCCAAACAUCUCUUCAAAAGUCUUAAUACAUCAGUCACGCCAUCAGGAUUCCGUGCUGGGAUGAAACUAGAAGCAGUAGACAGGAAGAACCCAUCACUUAUAUGUGUUGCAACCAUUGCUGCUGCUGUCGACAACCGGCUUCUCAUCCACUUUGACAACUGGGAUGAUACGUAUGAUUACUGGUGUGACGCCAGCAGUCCAUACAUUCACCCUGUAGGGUACUGUGAGGAGGUAGGGUUAACGCUGACCACACCUGCAGAGUAUAAGCACCCAAAGACUUUCUCUUGGGUAAAGUACCUUGAAGAAACAGGAACCCAGGCUGCACCAGCCAGAGCCUUCAAACAGAGACCACCGCAUGGUUUCCAAACCGGCAUGAAGUUGGAGGCGGUGGACAGACGGAAUUUCAUGCUCAUCCGUGUAGCCACGAUCUCUGACACAGAAGACCACAGAAUCAAGAUCCAUUUUGAUGGAUGGAGUGAUGAGUAUGAUUAUUGGCUAGAUGCUGAUAGUCCAGAGCUGCACCCAGUGGGCUGGUGUCAGAAGACAGGUCAUCCUUUACAGCACCCCAAUGGACCCAGAGAUUCUCCAGUCCCACCAGGGCAAGGGUGCCCUACCCCAGGAUGCAACGGUGUUGGACACAUUAGAGGACCUCGCUAUGGGACACAUUACACGGCGGUGAGUUGUCCAUACUCAGAUCUGAAUUUGAAUAAGGAUGGGCUAGUGCCAGACAGACUCAGCGGGGAGAGACCGGUCACACUUAGUGGACCACCACGUCACCGCCGUGCUGAAACACUAACUCAGACAAACCCUACCACACCCAGCACCAGCACCCCAGAACCCCCUGACACCACCACAGACACCUCUCCACAAGCUCGAUCUGGCACUGCACCCAGAUGUUCUAAACCAUCUCAGGUGAAGCAGGAAGGUGACGGGAAAGAUUCUCUGCAGCAGUUGCUACAUGAAUCUGUGUUCUGUGGAUGGGAACCACCAAAGUUUCAACUGUGCUGGGAAAAGCAUGGCAAACUGCUACCUGAAGCCUUAGGCCUCACUGCCAAGAGAGUGGCCAAGUGGAGCACAGAGGAGGUUGCAAGUUUUGUGAGAGGGUUGCCUGGCUGUAGGGAGCACGCUGCCACCUUCAGGAAGGAGCAAAUUGAUGGCGAGGCCUUCCUGCUUCUUACCCAAACAGACAUUGUGAAGAUACUGAGCAUCAAGCUUGGCCCCGCUCUCAAAAUCUACAAUUGUAUCCUCAUGCUUAAGAGUGCAGAUGAAGAAUAGACUCGCUUCCUAUCAAACUGGACACAGGCAAAGACCUCAUAGCAACCGCUGCUCAUUCAAUUGGCGUAUUCGAAAAUUCUUCAUGCCCCCACCAAUGAAUCCAGCCCUCAUCUUACUAAAAGAACACAUUAACAAGACUCCAAUCAUUGGUUGAAUGAUAAUUUGAUUGAUGGAAAAAUCAGACAGUUGUGCAGACUCUAAGUGAUCAUAAAAAUCACAGAUCUUUAAGGCUGAUUCAGAGUUUUUUAUCUUAUGCUAACUGUAGUAAAUCCUAAAGGACUUUCAAAACAUUUCCACUGCAAUGCUCAUCUCUGCUCUUGCUCUUAAAUAGGUGUGCUAAUUUUCUUUGUAAAUAGAUAAUCUGAUUCAUAUUAGACUCUGGGAGGGGAGAGUACACCAUACUGAGGCACCUUAAAAUUCUUAAACUGGAUUCUUUCAUUGUUAAUAUUUAUGGUUACUGAAAUGGGUAAUUGUGUUUGGUGUUGGAAGCACGAACAAAAGCCACAAUAGUUGAGCUUUUACUUGAAAUGUAAAAAGUGAUAAGAAAAAAUGCAAAACGACCAUUGUUUGUAAUUGAACACAUACUGACCCUUAUCCAGAAUAAUCAAAAUUAGCCUGUUUGAGACCACUAGAGGGCAGUGGGAUUAUGUGUGUGCGCAUGUGUGUGUGCGUGUGUGAUUGAGAAUUUUGCAAGCAGAGUGUGUGAGAAAUAUUGUAUAAAUGUGUGCUUGAAUCUAAUGUCAGGGAAUUUUUGCUCUGGGCAAAUCUGGAAUUGAUUGUAUCAGUUUAUUUACUUCAUGAAAUGCAUGUUCUUUAAAAAUGCAUUUGAAAAGUUGUACAUUGAUGUAAGUGUAUAGUGAAUUGAAAUGGAUUUGGGAAUAAAUGUGUAAGUGUGUGUGUAUUUAAGCUUCAGAGAUCCUGACAUUUUACCUUGUUACAAUCAUACCUGAAAUAAGCACUAGCAUUAUAUUGUUCUGAGUUUUCAGCCUUGUCAGUCACCAAACAAAUGCUUUUUGUUCAUUAGCAUUUGCUAUGGGCAUUAUACUUGAUGUUGCUAAUGACGCUGAAAUGUACUGUUCCUGAUUUUAAAGCAGCAUCUUACUCGGUCUCCGCAAACCAUUCCUUUUUCAUGUACUGGUUUGGAUUUGCAGUGCUUUUCAAUGCUGUUAAAAUACAUAACAUGCGUAUGCAGGUUGAUCCAUAUAAAUAUGCUCUGAUGGGGUCACUGGAUACUGGAGAAAAAUGCAUGGAAGCUGGUGAUACUUAAAGAUGGUCAUACAAACUGCCUGCAAUUUUAAAUAAAUAUAGAGUAUGGUCUGCAGACAAGGACCAAGGCAUUUUUGCAGGCUACAGUUGACUUAAUAUGCUUGCAAAAUUAAGAUAAAUUUUGGGUCCUCAUCACAACGGUGUGAUUAAAGGAAUAUUCCGGGUUCAAUACAAGUAAAGCUCAAUUGACAGCAUUUGUAGCAUAAUGUUGAUUACCACAAAAACUAAUUUCGACUUGUCCAUCCUUUUCUUUAAAAAAAAAGCAACAGUCGAGGUUAUAGUGAGGCACUUACAAUGGAAGUGAAUGGGGCUGAUUUUUGGAGGGUUUAAAAGCAGAAAUUUAAAGCUUAUAAUUUUAUAAAAGCACUUGCAUUAAUUCUUCUGUUAAACCUCAUGCAUUAUUUGAGCUGUAAAGUUGUUAUAUCGUCGUUUUUACAGUCAUUUUAGGGUUUGUUGACAUUACAACGUCAUGUUAACAAAGUUGUAAAAUUGGCUAUAACUUCACACAGAAAAGAUUAGUUAGUGAUUUUAUCACAUAAAAAUCAUGUUAACAUGCAUAUUGUUUAGCUAUACUUUUGAAAUAGUGAGUAUUUUAAUGUUUAUGGAUUGGUCCCAUUCACUUCCAUUUUAAGUGCCUUUUUGGAGGUUUUUUUUUUUUUUUU